AUGCCUACCCUUCCAACUCGUCCCCUGGGCAAAAACGGCCCUCAAGUCCCCCGGCUCGGCUUCGGCUUAAUGGGCCUGAGUACCUUCUACGGCACCGCCAAACCCGACUCUGAGCGACUCGCAUUGCUCGAUGCUGCAUACGAGCUCGGCGAAACCUUCUGGGACAGCGCCGACAUGUACGGCGACAGCGAGGACCUCCUCGGCAAAUGGUUCCAAGCCAACCCCUCCAAACGAGACCACAUCUUCCUCGCCACCAAAUUUGCGAACCGCGUGGGCCCAGACGGACAACGCUUCGUCGACUCCUCACCGGAAUACGCGCGCGAAGCAUGCCAUCGCUCCCUCGCCCGUCUCGGCGUCAAGACCAUCGACCUCUACUACUGCCACCGGCUCGACCGGAAGACCCCCAUUGAAAAGACCGUCGAAGCCAUGGCACAGCUCAAGGCGGAAGGCAAGAUCAGAUACCUCGGUCUGAGCGAGUGUAGCGCAGACUCCCUGCGGCGCGCGCACAAGGUCCACCCCAUCACCGCCGUGCAGAUGGAAUACUCGCCCUUUGCGCUGGAGAUCGAGAGCCCGCAGUACCGGCUGCUCGAGACGGCGCGCGAGCUCGGCGUCGCGGUCGUGGCGUACUCGCCGCUCAGCCGGGGGUUCUUGACGGGGGCUAUUACCUCGCCGGAUGAUUUCGAGGAGGGCGAUUUCCGCCGGAUGUCGCCGCGGUUUAGCAAGGAGAACUUCCCGAAGAAUCUGCAGCUCGUUGAGAAACUCAAGGCCGUGGCGGCGAAGAAGGGGGUCUCGCCAUCGCAGUUGACCCUGGCUUGGUUGAUGGCGCAGGGGGACGAUAUCUUCCCCAUUCCGGGGACGACCAAGGUUGAGCGGUUGAAGGAGAAUCUGGGCAGCUUGAGCGUUGAGUUGUCCCCGGACGAAGAAAAGGAGGUUCGAUCAGCUUGCAAUGCGGCGGAGGUUGCUGGCGGCCGGUAUCCGGAGAUUUUCUCGGUGUCCUGUUUUGCGGACACCCCUGCUCUAUAA